AUGUCGGUUCCUAAUAAAAUAGUGCUAGGUGCUAACCUAUCAUCGUUGCGUGCAGAAGUUCGAAAAUUUUUUAAAGUAAGAAUCGCCAUGUAUAAAGCGGCUCAUGAAAAUGUCCUCGUUUGUCGCCGCCUAAUACGCAGCGAAAAAAAAAUGGCAAGAAAUUUGAGCUUUCAAUCAUUAAAAACCGCUUAUCAAAGAUACUUCCUACCGAGACCUGAGACAGUGCCAUAUUAUCACAUUUGUCAAGUUGGCGAUCCUGUUUUACGAGCGCGCGCUUCUCCAGUGCCGCCUGAAAUCAUAACAACGGAUGGAUUUCAAAAGUUGUUGGAACAUAUGAAAAGAGUAAUGAGAAGAGCCAACGCUGUGGGAUUGGCUGCCCCUCAAAUAGGGAUCUCCAUGCAAAUAUUUGUUACUGAAGUGACAGAAAAACGACUGAAAGUCCACGAUGUCAAAACCAUAAAGAUUCGUGAAAUGGAAACAUACCCGGUGAAAGUAUUCAUUAAUCCAACAUUGAAAAUUCGUGAUUAUUCGGUCCUAAAGUUCCCCGAAGGUUGUUUAAGUAUUCGCGGAUUUACGGCGGAAGUUCCAAGAGCAAAGGCUGUUACGGUAUCUGGUCUUGAUGAUACCGGCAACCCAUGUACUUGGGAAGCUAAAGGUUGGGCCGCCAGAAUUGCCCAACAUGAAAUGGAACACUUAAACGGAAAGUUGUACAUAGAGAAAAUGGACACAUCAACUUUUAUGUCUACCGGUUGGCAAGAAAUAAACAAAGCUCAAGGAAGAAUAGAAUUACGGUAUUAUGACUAGCGUUUUAUGUAUUUGUUAAGUAAGAUAUAAAUAAAAACAUGAAUAUUGCUAAA